AUGAAUUAUAGAAUGCGGGUGGAUAAGCAGCUAGCGCAACCGCAACAACGUUAUCAAGUGAAUAUCGUUCCACGACAGGGUCCCGACUAUGAUGAAGAUACGUUUGAUAGCCUUGACAAGGCACUGUAUGAAGAUAUCCACGCACUGCUCUUACGCCUCUCUGAAGGGGAAUUUGACAUCUGGGAGGCUUUGGAGGAGGUUUGUUUUCAAAUUUCGUUUUAUUUUUGGUUUCUGUGUUCAGUAUCGGUUCUGUAUUUUGCGGCUUUUGAUUGGGUUCAUAUUGUGGAUUUAGUGCAGAAGAUCCCGUGAAA